GAGUAUGGAGCAGUAAUUAAUAAUUAGAAUUAUCUGCUAAAGCAAACAACUGCAAAGCAGACCUGUACUUGAUUCUUCUCAGUCCCUAGUUUGAGUGAAUCCUUUAGGUGUCAAUGCCAGGCUACUGUGUUACCAUUGUCAUCAAUAUUCUUAGCAUAAUCGUAAUUAAAGAAAGUUAGUGACAACUUAAUUGUUGAGGUGAUGGCAGAACCAAAACUCAUAAUAAUUAGAGACGUCGACUCGUAUAGUGCCUUCAAGUUUAUAAAGCACUCUUGAGUGGUCCUUCUAAGUAUACGUUAUUCACUUUUAACAAACAGAACCAGUCAUGGUGCCUGGCUCUUGUUAUCCAAGCACUCAGGAGGCUGGGGCAUGGGCGUCACAAGUUCAAGACCAGCCCACGUGCUAAGAGGAGGAGGAGUUGUAAUUGAUAGAAUAAUGCAGUGCUUAACGAUGGGACUUUGUACUGAGAACACCACCAUGGUGUGGUUUCAUUGUGAAAACUUCAUCAGUAUGUAUGCACAUCUGUAUGGUACAGACAUCAGCACAGCUAGGCUGUAUGGAGUAUAUGUGUGUGUGUGUGUGUGUGUGUGUGUGUGUGUGUGUGUGUAUGCCUAUUGCUGCUGGAGUCAUGAUGAGUAAAACAUGAAAUGAAGUCAAACACAAGAGAAAAUGGUGCCGGGAGAUUCUGAAAGCAUGGAAUGAAUGUGUGAGGCUGCUGCCAGCUAAUGUAACAGGCUGUUUCACUAUAGAUGUUUGUAAGUUUGUAUUCCAAGAUAAUAACAGAAAGUGUAGUCUAAUGAAUGUAUGCAAGCCAGUAAUAUAGCUUUUUGUCAUUUCAAGUUGUAUGAACUGUACAUACAUAUUUGUAUAUGAUUGACAUCACAAACGUGUGUAAUGUGUCAGAGCUUUAACACUGAUGACUAAGGUGUCUGUAGGCGAUGGGAACUUUAGCACUAUUAGAAUCUGUGGGACUACCACACACAUGCAGUCUAGUAUUUCAUUGUAUGUAGGGCGUGACUACUUUUUGUUAUACAUCAGUUUCAGGAGUCAGAAAGAACAUGCCCUGUUUGGCAUGGUGGCACACAACUGGAAUCCUAAUGCUCAGGAGCCUAAGGUUCAAGGAUAACAAGUCAAGGCCAGUCUGAGAAAAAUAGUAAGACAUUGUUUAGGGGGAAAAAAGUAACAAUUUAUAAUUGAAAAGUAACGAUAUAGUGACUGCCAUGUAUUGGGCAAUAGGUUUUGUAACAGCUACUUAAGGCUCCUUUGUUCUUUUUAUGUAGAAUUCAAUUCAUUUUAUAGAUGAGGAUCUCGAAGCAGUAAAACCUGUAGUACUCUAAGCCACACCCUUCAUUAAUCAUUGCCAGCAGUAGGAUUCAGAGACAGAUGCGUUCUUAGAAUAGAGCCCAGUGGUACAUGGAAGGAGAGAGCUGAAGUGUGGAGCACAGGCGUGCUCUAACAUGCUGAGAAGACAGUUCACCCAGUCUUUUGGUUAUGUGGUGCGAGCCCCAGCCUGGAAGGAAGGGCAGCUUUUCUUCUGACUCAGAGGCCACUACUUCCACUCUCCUCACAAUAGUGAACCACCAUUCUCUCAAUUUAGUGAGCGAUUGAAUCGUUCGUACAUGUUCAAGUUUCUCUUGCUUGACUCAGACUGUAGACGGACGCAGUGCAACAUUACCCCGUAUCUUAUUACCCAGAAAGCUGCCUGAGAAACUAGUCUAAACUGACCGUUUCUUUCCUAUCAGAAACUCUACGGUGGCUCCCUGUCUGUAGGAUUGAUACCACAAUAAGGUGAUGAAACCCAUCAGGAUCUAGCUCUGCUGGUCCACUUAGUCCUGUCUCUUUGCUGACAGGUUUUGUGCUCCACUUCACCACAGUCACACUAGCCGACUGAAAGCCUCCACAGUUCACUCUUGUCUGUAUCUUAAACCAGCAAGCUUACUGCUUCUCACCCCAUCACUUGGCUGACCCGAUAUCUUUACUCUUUAUAGUCCAGUUCAUUUAUUCCUGCACUCAUUUAGCCAGCAAAUACGUGCCAGAGCCUAUUACAGAGCAUGCCUGGUUGUAGAUGAACAGAUAAAGCCCUCUGUGUAAGUGAGGGGGUGCAGUGAAGAGACCACAGAGGUAGCAACCUCUUCAGAGACUUGGGUGCCUGGAGGAGAAGAUACAGUAAUGGCUUUUACUGACAAAUGGAAACCCACUCUACAAGGUGACUGUGGAACACUGAGUGUUCCCUGGGUCAGCAAAGAGAGAAGAUAGGGAGAGGAGCAGACUGGUGAUUACCAGAACUAUGGGAGCAGAGAAGAUAGCAGAAAUGGUGGGAGAGUCCUGCCCAUUCUAAGUGGCUGUGCUGAGGCUGGAAGAAGGCAGCUUGGUUGGGAUAGCCUGGGAACUGUUGUGGGGCCUCUGAUCUGUUGGAAGCCUGUUUGGUUUAGUAGAGACUAGAGGCCCUCUCCAGAGAUUAGGGCCCUGUAGGAGAACAUAAUAGUGUAAUGGCUUUUCCUGGCAAACAGAAACUCACUUUAGAAGGUUUCUAAGGAACACUGAGUGUUCACCAGGUCAGAGUCCAGCCUGGGAUGAGCACAGACUACCAUCUUGGGGAGUUGGGAUCUGAUAUUGUGGAUCUUUUAUUUUUUAGCAUGCAUUGAGUAUGUAUACUAAUUGUGACCUCUGAGAGUGAGAAUUAUUAUGGAGAAAUAAGCAGGGAACAAGGCACAGAGGUGGCAAGGGUAUUGUCAGGUAACAGCCCAGCAACUGGAUGAUAUUUGAGCACAGCUUCAGGAGGGGAGGUAGUAGAUGAUGUUUGACCAGAACUGAGGGAAGUAAGGUAGGGAAUUGUGUGACUAUCUGCAAAAGAAUGUUGUAGGCAGAGUAGGUAGCUAGCUUGACCCAGUGUUACCCUCUCAGAAAGUCCUUUGCUGGAGUCUUGAUCUGCACAGCUGUGCCUUUUCUGUUUGCUCUUGUGUUUAUCUCUAAGACAACAUUCACUACUUCAUAGUUAUCUGUGUGCAUAUCUGCUCCCAUUACUCAUUGUUCUAACCUUGAGAACAGGUGUCUCCUCAGCACCAGGGUAAGUACCUGAUAUAUAUAGGCCCAGAAAUGUUUAUUGAAUAAAUACAGAGGAAUGACUCAUUGGCCUAGUUCCUGUCUUCCUCUCUCUCUCUUUCUUUCCCCUUUCUUUCUUCCUUUCUUUUUUCUUAUUUGUAUAAAUUAUUUGUAAGAUAGGCCUUAGGUGACAGAUAAUCUUAAAGAAGAUUAAAUCUUAAAGUUUAUUUUAUUUUAUUUUUCUGUUUGGCCUGAGUCCCUUCUCUGGCUUCUGGGAAGUGGGGCUUCUGGGCUCUUUCAGUUUCUGGAGGCUUCUACUAUCAUUGUCGCAGACUGGCUAGCCUAGCAAAUGGCAGCUAGACUUUUACAAAGACCCAUGUAGCUGAAUUUGCACAAAUGUAAUCUCCAGGGGGCUGGGAGUAAGAGCAAACCCAAAGCCAGAGUAGCUAUCCCUUGAGCCCCAAACAGCGGGUCACACAUAUGAGUGUGGUUUUUUAACACACUUGGCACCCCAGCCAAAGCUUUGUUAGAUCACUCAGAACAGAGAUCACAGCACCAAGAUGCAUACCUUGAGAACCUCCACCCUCUGUUGUGUAUACCCCUCACACAGUGACUAGAGGACAACGCUCUCUUCCUAGCACAGAUGAGAAAGCAGGCUGUCUUUUAUCCAAGGCAUCAGGAUGGGGAGAAAGCUUCCCGUGUGCUUUGUUAAUCUCGAAUGUUUCUCCGAUGGGUUUGAGUGACCUGGGAACUCAAUGGCCGCAUCUAACGAACAGAGUUGCUGGAUGAAGAAGCCAUGGAAGAAGCCCCAUCCUGCUCCCUCAGCAGCACCCUGUUCCAGCAGGACGAGCAGGAUGGGGUGACCUACCGCAUCCCAGCCCUGCUGUACCUUCCUCCCACCCACACCUUCCUGGCCUUUGCAGAGAUGCGCACCUCAAGGAGAGAUGAGGAUGCUGCCUACCUGGUGCUCAGACGAGGGGUGCUGAAGGGUCGCUCUCUACAGUGGGGCCCCCAACGGCCACUGAUGGAGGCCACGUUACCUGGGCAUCGCACUAUGAACCCGUGUCCUGUGUGGGAGAAAAACACUGGCUGUGUGUACCUGUUUUUCAUCUGUGUGCGGGGCCAUGUUACUGAGAGGUGCCAGGUUAUGUGGGGCAAGAAUGCUGCCCGUCUCUGCUUCCUUUGCAGUGAGGAUGCCGGCUGCUCCUGGGGUGAAGUCAAAGACUUGACUGAGGAUGUCAUUGGCUCAGAGAUGAAGCGCUGGGCCACGUUUGCUGUGGGCCCAGGUCAUGGCAUCCAGCUGCACUCGGGGAGGCUGAUCAUCCCUGCCUAUGCCUACUAUAUCUCACACUGGUUUCUCUGCUUUCCAUGUUCUGUCAAACCUCAUUCCCUGAUGAUCUACAGUGAUGACUUAGGAGUCACAUGGCACCGUGGCAAAUCCAUUGGGCCCCAGGUGACAGGGGAGUGCCAAGUGGCAGAAGUGCCUGGGAAGGCUGGUGACCUGGUGUUGUACUGCAGUGCCCGAACGCCAAGCCGAUUCCGAGCAGAGGCUUUUAGCACUGAUGGUGGUGGCUGCUUUCAGAAGCCAGUCCUGAACCCACAACUCCAUGAGACUCCCAGAGGCUGCCAAGGUAGUGUAGUGAGCUUCCGGCCUUUGAAGAUGCCAAACAUAUGUCAAGACUCAAAUGGUAAAGAUGCUCCCGCUACUCAGAAAUGCCCUCUGCUGGACAGUUCUCUGGAGGUGGAGGAUGGAGCUGGAGCACCAUCAGGAACAUGGCUCUUGUUCUCACAUCCAACUAACAAGAAGAAGAGAAUUAACUUAGGCAUCUACCACAACCGGAACCCCUUGGAGGUGAAUUGCUGGUCCCGCCCAUGGAUCUUGAACUGUGGGCCCAGUGGCUACUCUGAUCUGGCUGUUGUGGAAGAACAGGGCUUGUUGGCAUGUUUGUUUGAGUGUGGGAAGAAGCAUGAGUAUGAGCGGAUUGACUUCCGUCUGUUUUCAGACCAAGAGGUUCUGAGCUGUGAAGACUGUUCCAGCCAUAGUAGCGACUAAAGCCAAAUCAAGACUGAUGGGUGAGGCCCAGCAUUCCACAGAAAGGACUGGCAGCUACAGCCAGGAUAGAAGAGGUCUCCACCAUCUAGAGAAAAAUCUAAAAGCUAAUAAUCUGCUCUUUGCAUUUUUUUUCCACUUUUCCCUUCAAUGAGCAUAGUGGAAAUUGUGCCAUAUCUUACAUAACAAGGCUCUUGGGCUGAGAGUUUGGAGAUUGCGGUAGGAUUUCUUCUCUUCCCGUUUAAAGGAGAGGCCAUGUGCUCACUUCUGUUCCACAAACCCUGGAUUCUGAUCUUAAUGGGAGCCACAGACUUGUCUUUUCAAAUGAUUCACUGCUCACCUGAGUAUUAGGUGAUAUGUAGGUGCUUUGGCCAGAAGAAAGAUCUGUGUUGUUGUAUUUUUAAUAAGAAAAAAUGCCCUUAUCUUUCCAAUCAUGCCCAGAGCUGUGCAAAUUCUCUAUCUUAUAAGACUUGAGAAAGCAGAAUCUAAGGUCAGAUCCCCCUUCCUCAUCCAGAAAAAAUUUACUAGGGAGAAAAUGAGAAACCUGAGCCAGCUGCCCUUGACAAUGGUUGAUAAUGGUGCUUAUUGCUUUUGAUGCCAUUGCCUCUGUUACACAUGAAUCUGAGUCAGGGGUUCUUGGCUUACUUCAGCUGCAUCCACCCAUUUCCAAGUGGACAUUCAAACACUGCUGAACAGUCAACCAAAAUGAGAGCUGUGUGUGCUAGCCUGGUUCCAGGUUAGUCACAAUGCUUCUUGGAGCCGGGCUUUUAUUUAAUGCCAAGAGCCAUCUAGGAGAGGCUAAAAGCUAGCAGGUGAUCUUCCUGAGAUGGUUUCACCAUGGACUGUGAACCAUGAUGGAUGAGCCCUUUCAGGCAAGGCCAAAGGGACAACACUGUAGGAAAGAUUCCUGUGUGUGUGUGUGUGUGUGUGUGUGUACAUAUAUACGUAUACAUGUGUGUAUGUGUUUUCUUGUAAUGAUGCUAUAUAGACAAAUAGGUGAUUUCUUAAUUCUUAAUGAUGAUCCUAUAAGAAUUCUUAAAAUUAUACUAGUAAUUAUUAAGCCCUUUAUAAUAGGACUGCUGUUAAAACCCUCUCUGAUAUGAAAACUACAGCCCUCUCUGAUAUGAAAACUGCAGUGAGAACUCUUCCAGUCUUUACCUGUCAUGAGUUAAUUAUUUCUAAGAUAGAAAUCAGGCAUUUACGACUUAAAACACAUUUCUUAGAGCUGUAAAACAAUUAACCAAAGGUCAUAAAAGAGAACAAAAGAUUUAUUGUAGGUGCUAGGACAAAAGGUAAAAUAUUGACUGGGUUUAUUUAUAGCAAACUUCAUUGUUAACUUAGACACAAGAAUUAUGGUAUUUAACUUUCAAUGAACCUGUGGAGAUAGUGACAGAAAAGAAAUGUCUAGUUAGAUAACUACUCUUAAUGGAAAUUCACAUAAACAUCUCUGUUGCAAAUUUCCUUUUGAUUUUAUGUUUAAAGUUGUGGUGAAUGUUUGAAUUAGACACCACAUGAGCAUGUAUUCUGAGAAAAUAAAGAACUAAGAAUGAACAACUCAGAACAUGAGGAUGUAGAGCAGAGUGAGUUAGAUAGUUUUAAUAGGUUUUCCUCCAUCUUUUUUCUUCUCUUAGAAAUAAGGAUUAGAAUCCCUUUUUAAAGUGUCUCCUUUCUUUUUCUUCCAAAAAGUGACUUCCCUAGCUGACAAGGAAUUAAAUAAGCUGUCAGCUUUAGGUGCUCGGGCCUGUGGAGAAAAGAACAAAGGAUCUCUUUUAAGCAACAGGUGUCAACUUGCCUCUGACCUCAAGAGUAGCUUAAAGUCAAAAUAGGUAAAUGUUAUUAUAGAAAGCACACAAUCUCUCACAAGACCAAGUCUUCCCCCCCCCCGCCCUGCACCCCACUACUGAUGAUGCUCUUUGCUAUUUACCUUCAGCUACUUUCAAGAGAGAAUCUGAGCUCCAGAGCUGGUCUCCAGCAAUCUCGGUUGGGCCUGGUCUUGCAUUGUAAGAUGUACCAAGCCUAAAGCCAAGUUGUGAUGUGUGGGGUUCUCAUUUUACCAGUAUUUCCCUUUUGUCCUUGAUUGGGUUUUGCAUGACUGUUACUCCUCCAGGACUCCAAGGGAGAUGCUGAGCUCAUAAUAUUCUGAGUGUGUCUUCCCUGGCUCUGUGAUGCCAGGUCCAGACACAUCACUACGCCAUAACCACUGCCAUCACUUAGAACAAUAGUUUUUAACUUGUGGGUCAUGCCUGCUUUCACAGAGGUCCCCUAAGACCAUCAGAAAAUAAAAUUCAUUCUUCCAAGUUGAAUGGGGUGUUGCCAGGAGCUGGCAUGUCUCAAUGUUAAAAUGCCUCAAAUUUAUAAAAAUAACCUUUAAAUGC